GAAUGAGUUCAUCUUGUAUGCCAUGAGGAAUGCCAUAUACCGGCAUGACCUGUCCUCCGGAGUCACUGAAGAGCUGCCACUGAAGGGUCUGCGAGGGGCUGUAGCCUUGGACUUUGACUAUGAAAGUAACUGUUUAUAUUGGGCUGACGUCACCCUGGACAUCAUACAGCGACUCUGUCUGAAUGGCAGCUCCGGGCAAGAAGUCCUCGUCAGAAGUGGACUGGAGACUGUGGAGUCCUUGUCGUUUGACCCCUUAAGCCAGUUGCUUUAUUGGGUUGAUGCUGGAAUAAAAAAAAUCGAGGUUGCGAACCCUGAUGGAGACUUACGUCUGACUAUUCUCAACUCCACCAUUCUGGAGCGGCCCCGAGCUCUUGCUUUGGUCCCCAAGGAAGGGCUCAUGUUCUGGACAGACUGGGGUGAUGAACGGCAUGGUAUAUACAGGAGUGAGAUGGAUGGAUCAGGAGUGACGCACUUGGUUGCAGAUGGCAUUAAAUGGCCAAAUGGCAUUUCUGUGGAUGAGAACUGGAUCUACUGGACUGAAGCCAACAUGGAUCGGAUAGAGAGGAUCAACUUCAAUGGCCAACAAAGACAGGUGGUCUUGGACAAUCUUCCACAUCCAUAUGCAAUAGCAGUGUUCAAGAAUCAAAUCUACUGGGACGACUGGUCCCAACUCAGCAUCUUUAGGGCCUCGAAGUACAACGGAGCUCAGGCAGAGGUUCUGAUUGGUCGAUUGUCUGGAGUCAUGGAUAUGAAGAUUUUCUAUAAGGGGAAAUGGACAGGAGUGAACGCCUGCACUUCCAACUCUUGCCGCCUCCUAUGUCUGCCCAAGGCCAACAACAGCAGAGUUUGUCUGUGUCCAGAGGGAGUGAAGGAGGAGGCUUCAUCUUCAGGAGAGACUGAGUGUGAAUGUCCACAUGGUUAUCAGCUGAAGAACAAGACCUGUGUCAAACAAGAGAAUUCCUGUCUGCCCAGUCAGUAUCGCUGCUCCAACGGGAAUUGCAUCAACAGCAUCUGGCAGUGUGAUAAUGACAACGACUGCGGGGACAUGAGUGACGAGAGAGACUGCCCGACCACAGCAUGUGAUCCAGACACGCUGUUCAGGUGUCAGGAAUCAGGUACCUGCAUCCCGCUGUCCUAUAAAUGUGAUCUGGAAGAUGACUGCGGAGAUAACAGCGAUGAGAGUCAUUGUGAGGCACACCAAUGUAAGGAAGAUGAGUUUAACUGCAGCUCUGGGAUGUGUAUCCGACAGUCGUGGGUCUGUGAUGGGGACAAUGACUGCAGGGACUGGUCUGACGAGGCCAACUGUACAGCGGUAUCACACACCUGCGAACCCACCAGUUUCCAAUGUCAUGAUAACCACUGCAUCCCCCAGAGAUGGGUCUGUGACGGUGACUCCGACUGCCAGGAUGGCUCAGAUGAAGACCACACCAUUUGCGAAAAGAAGUGUAAUGGAUUCCAGUGCAGAAAUGGCACCUGCAUCCCAUCUGGGAAACAUUGUAACGGUGUGAAGGAAUGUUCAGAAGGGGAAGAUGAACAGAAAUGUGAGCCCCUGUGCACUCGCUAUAUGGAUUUUGUAUGUAAGAACCGGCUGCAGUGUUUGUUCAACAUCAUGGUGUGUGACGGAGUUGUGCAGUGUCACGAUGGCUCCGAUGAGGAUCCUGCAUACGCCGGAUGUUCUGGAGAUCCAGAAUUUAAACAGAACUGUGACUCUCAGAGUUUUUCAUGCCAAAAUGGAGUCUGCAUCAGCCUGGGUUGGAAGUGUGAUGGCAUGGAUGACUGUGGCGACUACUCCGAUGAGGCAAAUUGUGCAAACCCUACAGACACCCCUACCUGUGCCCGAUACUACCAAUUUCAGUGUGAGAAUGGCCACUGCAUACCCACACGAUGGAAAUGUGACAGCGAGAAUGACUGCGGGGACUGGUCAGAUGAAAAGGAUUGUGGAGAAACCAUUCCGCAGACCACCACCCGACCAUCCACAUGUCCAGCCAAUCACUUCAGAUGUGACAACGGAGUCUGCAUCAUGAACACGUGGGUUUGUGAUGGUUACAAAGAUUGUAUAUAUGGUUCUGACGAAGAGGGUUGUCCUACUACUGCAACCAACGUCACCGUGCCCAGCACCACAGUGCACGACCGAUGCAGCAGCUUUGAGUUUGAAUGUCAGAAGGGGAAGUACUGCAUACCAAAGUGGAAGCGUUGUGACGGCAUCACAGACUGCCAGGACGGCACAGAUGAGCAGCACUGUCCUACUCACAGACCUUCCUCUUGUGUUAAUGGUUCUCUGUGUGAUGACGGUGAAGCCUGCUUAGCGCUGUCUGACCGCUGUGAUGGUUUUUUGGACUGUUCUGAUGGCAGCGAUGAAAAUAACUGCACCGAUGACAGCGUGGUCUACAAGGUCCAGAACCUGCAGUGGUCUGCUGACUUCUCUGGCAACAUAACCCUGACAUGGGCGCGCCCCAAGAAGAUGUCGGUGUCAUCCUGUGUAUACAAUGUCUACUAUAGGGUUAUUGGCGAGAGCACAUGGAAAUUACUGGAAACUCACAGCAGCAAGACUGUUUGCGUAUUAAAGAUUCUGAAACCAGACACCACGUACCAGGUGAAGGUUCAGGUGCAAUGUCUGCGCAAGGUGCACAACAGCAACGAUAUGAUCACCCUCCGAACCCCUGAAGGCUUUCCCGGCCAACCCCAGCUGCGCCAGCUCGACCUGAAUAAGAAUCUUCCAUCCACUAUCAUCUGUUGUUGGUCGCCUCCUGCAAACACUAAUGGGUUAAUUCGUGAGUAUGUGGUGGACUACACUACAAACACUUCCAAGGGCUGGUCGUCUUUCAGUACACAGGAUCUUUGCUAUAAUAUUCACUAUACAGAAGACAACACAUUAUAUUCAGUGCGGGUGGCUGCUGUUACCAGCCGAGGGGUCGGUGAAUGGAGCAGCAUCAAAUCUAUCAGUACUGCAAAAGCUGUGCCUCCUCCAAACAUCAAGAUUCAGACCAUCAAAGAAGAUUCAGUGGAGUUUACAAUAAGAGUGGACUCUGAUGUCUUGAUAACUGGAUAUACGGUGACUUUAUCAUGGGAGUUUGAUACACAUGUUCAAGAGAGAAGAACUUUACAAUUUGAUGGACAAAGCGUGUCACAAACAGUGACUAAUCUGACGGCACAAACGGAAUAUGAGAUUUCUGCUUGGGCAAAAUCGUCUUAUGGCGAGAGCUCUGUGGCAUUUGAGCACUUUACCACCAAGGGUACAAAACCUUUAGCACCGAUUCUUAAAGCAAAAGUGAUUAAUCAGACCGCAGUGGAGUGCAGCUGGGUGGGCAUCAGGAAUGUGACGUAUGGGGUGUUCUAUGCCACAUCCUUCUCAGAGCUGCACAGGAAUCCACUGAACGCCACGACGACUCUUCAAGACGUGACCAUCAGUGUGAACCGAGACGAGCAGUACUUGUUCUUGGUGCGGGUCACAUCCCCUUAUCAGGGUCCCCCAUCAGAUUAUGCCGUGGUCAAAAUGAUUCCUGACAACCGCUUGCCGCCUCGCCAUCUUCACACUGUGCACUUGGAUAAAACAUUUAUCGUCAUGAAGUGGGAGCCUCCGUACGACUCUCCUGACAGUGAAUUGGCAUACAUUGUCUCAAUAAAAGAUUUAAUAAUGAAGACGGAGAAGAGUUACAAAGUGAACACCCAGAACAGCACCAUAGAGUUCAGGAUAGGUAACCUGGAGCCCGGAGGUAAAUACAGUGUGAUCGUGCAGCUACGGAACAUGAGCAAAGAGGCCAGCACCAAAGUCAGCACAGUUCCUCUAUCUGCUCCAGAAGCCUUGAAGCUCAUUGUUGAAAAAGACCAUGUUCUACUGUUUUGGAAAAGCUUAGCACUAAGAGAGAAAUACUUCAAUGAAUCCAGAGGUUAUGAAGUGCACAUGUUUGACAGCUCAAAUAACAUCUCCACCUCCCUGGGAAACACAACCGAGAACUACUUCAAGAUCUCCAACCUCAAGCUGGGACACAGCUACACAUUUAGUGUCCAGGCCCGAUGUCUGAACAGUGGUCAGAUCUGCGGAGAGUCGGCUCUGCUUCUCUAUGACCAUCUUGGAACAGGGAUGGACUCUUUGCCCUCAACUAGCGUCCAGUCCUCAGAUGUGGCUUCUAUAGUGGUCCCAGUCUUAUUCUUGCUGUUGGUGGCCACUGGCUGCGGCUUUGUUAUAUUGUACAUGCGGCACCGGAGACUUCAGAACAGCUUCACAGCAUUUGCCAACAGUCACUACAGCUCACGCCUUGGAGCCGCCAUCUUCUCAUCUGGGGAUGAUAUAGGUGAUGAUGACGAUGAUGCCCCGAUGAUCACCGGCUUCUCAGAUGACGUCCCCAUGGUGAUAGCAUAAAGCUCCUUUCUCCCGGGUGUAAACCAAAUGAUGUAAAUAUUUUCUUUCCCAAGGAAUUGCCUGUCUGUUCUUUGGAUUUCCUGCACUUUUCAGUUGCGAUACGUUAUUUUUAUAUGGGCCGAAAAAGGAGAAGUUUGUUGUAGUUAACUGUGAAAAGCAAAAUAAUCUUUUUGUUAACCAAAUCUUGCUGUUUCCAUCCGCAGAGUGUGACCCCCAAAAGCCCUGCCCGACUCUCGCCUUAUUGUCUGCUGUAAAUGUGAAGAUAUGUAAUAUAUAUAUAUAAAUAUAUUUGUAUAAAGUCUGUGUGCCGCCAGCUUGCCCUGAACAACACUCUUAGGACUUGGGAUGUUCUGCGAGGUGCCUUAUUGACUUCUCCGCAGGACUUUGGUUUCGCAAGUUGCAGCUUCUGAACGGCCCUUGCUUUCCGCUGGCGUUUGUAGGUUCGGGGAGUGGUGAUGAGGGAGUUAAUAUUUUCAGAUUGUGUUUGCUGGCUGUGCACCUCCUUUCUGUUACUCGUCUGUCAGAUUUACAGAUGGCCCCCUCACCGUGUCUUCCAGACCUGUGCUUAGGGUGCAAGUUUUUUAUUAUCACUGUCUUUGAGGAUGACAGUAAAUCAUUAUUUACCCCAAAAAUAUAAAAAGAAAAUCCCCAACUAGUUGUUUCACAGUCAUAUUUGUUUCCAGGAAAGGUGGGUCACAACACUGGUAGAGCCAUUACAGAACUCAACACUGCUAGAACUCAACUUGUGCAAGUUGUUUAUAACUAGGCAGAUGGGCCAUCAAGACUGUUGGAAAGCUGGAUGACAAUCUGUCUUUACACCUUAGACUGGGGUUGUCACAUCCUUUUCACGCUCCUGAAUAACAGAUCUGCCUAGGAAGAAAUGUAUUACCAGGGAGACUGGCCAUUCAGGACUCUGGAAAGCGCAGCGACAACCAGUAAAGCUGUAGUUACAUUUCCCACAGGGGUUCUCACCCAGCUUCCUCACACUCCUGAAUAACGGAUCUGCCUGGGAAGGAAUGUAUUACUCUAUAACUGGGAUCAGCAACCGCCGCCACUCCAGCUGUGGUGAAACUUUGCCUCCCAGCAUGCACACUUGCUUAGCUGUUUUCAGAACUCCCAUGGAAGUGUUGGAGCUUGCUGGGAGUUGUAGUUUCAACACAUCUUGAGUGCCAAAGGUUGCUGACCACUGCUCUAUAACUAGGCAGACUGGCCAUUCAGGACUCUAGGAAAGCUGGGACGACCUGACUUUCCCAGGAACUGAUACAACUGGAAAACAGAGGAAUGGAAUUUUUUUUUUUUUGCCACAAUGUAGCGUUUUGUGACAUCACAUUUUUCCUAUCAGUUUGCCUCAGACUGAUGCCAUCGUUCCAUUUAAAAAAAAUAAAAAUAAAAGUAUAGUAUUUUUUAUUUUUUUUUUAACCAGACUCAGCAGGAUACAAGAACUUAAUGUGCUGCAAUUUUGUAUGCUUUUUCUUUUUUUCCUCUAACAUAUACGUCAAACGGAGGCAUAAAACGUGAUGUGAACCCACCCUUACCUGGCAGCGUUGUUGAGUGUUCAUGAAGAUUACUGGAUAUCUCCCGUCCUGCCAGAAAACACAUGAAGAUAUUAAUUCUGUAGAGCAGUCAUGGUGCGCUUUGUCUGGAGCCGCACCAUCACAGUGAUUGUGAUUGUAUAUAGGGUAUAUAUAUUAUUUGCCAUCUUGUUAUUUUUCUGUGUGAAGUGAAUCGUUUUCUGCACUUUGUUCCUCACUGUGAUUUUGCGGACUGUACCUGCUAUUGCAGCGAGUUCUACAGCAGGGAUUGGGUGAGAGUCUAUAGUGAGACACUUGGUUUUAGGGACAGGUGCGCCAUCUGUUCUCCUGCUGUUUAAAGGGCCAGUCUAGUCUUCUGUAAAUAAAGCUAAACCACCGUAUAAUAAAAAGCUCAGCAAAUUUCUAAUAGACGAUCAUUCCGUUUUUCAGGAGCCUGUGCUGCUGUAACUUUAGGCAAAUGUAUUAAACAUUGCACAGUGGGGGAGAUUUUUUAGAAAGGUCAUGCUACCAGUAAAUGUUAUUUUAAUAUAAUUCAGCAUGAAAAAUGAGUUACUUUUGUAAUUUUUAAAUGGUGCCCCUGGUGUUUAACCUAUAUAGUAAUGUGCUGAUGUGGACGCACAUGCUCAGAUCCAUCCUUUAAGUGCCACCAGCCCUAUCUUAUGUUAUAAGCUGUCACAGUUAGGCCUCUUGCGCACAACCCCAAGGCUUUUUGCAGUCCGCAAAAAUGGGAUCCACAAAAAAUACAGAUGACGUCUGUGUGCAUUCUGUUUUUUUGCGGAACAGAACAGCUGGCCCC